AUGCGACCACUCACACCAGCUUUGGCUAAAAUAGCUAAGGAGGAACUAAAUGAAACACCAGAACGUGUAGAACAGGAUUUGUUCAUAUUAAGAGUUUGGAUACGCCAGCAAAUACAUCUGAGAGCCCGUACUUCUGAUGAGUUUUUGAUUGCAUUUCUCAGACGCUGCAAUUUUAGUUUGGAAGAAACUAAAAAACGUAUAGAACUCUUUUUCCAUUUUUACAAUUUGAUGCCAGAAAUUUUUUAUAAUCGUCUUGUUACAGAACGCCUUCUAAAUAUGAAUAAAACUGGCAUAUAUUUCUAUCCAGAAUAUCCGAAAUGUGACAAUCAAUCUGCUUUACUUAUAAUACGUAUUGGACAAUUUUCUUGGAAAUGGCAUACACAGCGAGAACUAGUCAGAUUCGUAACAAUGGCUAUGGAAAUUAUUGCUCUGGAAAACGAUAAUGCAAGUGUGGCUGGUGUUACGGAAAUAAUCGAUUUGGAUGGUGUGGAAAAGGAAUUUUUUUAUAGUUUUCAUCGUGUAAUGGUAAAAAAAUGGUUUUAUUGGAUAAGAGAUUGCCUUCCAUUACGCAUAAAAGAUAUUUUUGUUAUAAAUCCCAGUAAAGAACUGCUUCGUAUGUUUUUAUUUCAACAGUUUCUACAGCGUGCAUCUAAUUAUCCGAUCAUUGUUUUAAAAACAACUGAAGAACUUUAUAAAUAUGUUCCGAAGAAAUGCCUUCCAGAAGAAUAUGGUGGUUAUAACGGUCAUAUUGCAGAAUGUGUUGGUUAUAUGGAAGACUCACUGAGAAGUUACAAAAGCUAUUUCGAAGAAGAUACUCUUUAUGGUGUCAACGAAAGUUUGCGUAGGGGAGAAGUUCCACUUUACGAAGCUGAAUUUGGUCUUGCGGGCACUUUCCGUAAAUUUAAAAUUGAUUAA